ACAUAGGAAUUCCCAAUUGAAGAAAGUCAGCAUAGGCAACCUGACAAAACUCAAAUAACCUCCCAUCACCCCAAACCAUACAUACAUACAUCAUAAACAAAACCACCUAUACAUACAUAUACAUACACCUAUACAUACAGAUAAUUCAAGCUCAACCGCCAUGGAAUUCAAUCAAUUCGAUCACAACAGGUACGUUUCUCAUCCUCCUCAUCACCACCGCGACGCUCACCGUCACCACCUCCCGCCGCCGCCGCCGUUUCAUUUGCCUCCUCCGCCGCCGCCGUUGUAUCCUUCUCUGCCGCCGCCUCCGCCGCCUCCACCGCCUCCGCGUCAUUCGGAUUUCACUUUUGUGAACUCGUCGCCUAGGGUUUCGUCGGGUCGGCUGCCCGAGCCGUACCCGGUGACUCGGCCCGAUUUGGCGAGGGGUUCGGGUGGUUAUAAUUGUGAGUCUGAUUAUAAUUCUGGUGGAUAUGAAUCUAUUGAUGGGUAUAGAGAUGGUAAUUGUAAUGUUAAUGUUAAUCGAAAUCGGAGUCAAAGUCAACGGAGUUUAUGGAAUGGUAAAAAUGAUGAUGUGGUUAAUUAUGAAGGUUAUGGUUACAGCGAGUCUCGUAAUUCGGGUUUUCGUGUAGAUAAUAGGGAGAAUUCGAAUUACGAGUCUCGGUAUGUGAAUGUGUUGAGAAAUGAGAGGUUAUUGGAUGAAAGAAGUAAAAAUUGGAGGUCUGUGGAUAUGGAACGUAAUCGUAAUGAUAUUGACUUGGUUAGGUGUGUGAAGGAGCGUGAGAGGGAGAGGGAGAGGGAGCGAGAGCGGGAGAGGAUUAGUUUUAGGGAGAGGGAAGAGGAGGAGAAUUUUUGCACUCCGCAGAAAAAGAGUGUUUUGCUGAGGAUAGGCAAACCGAAUGAGGUGAGGAAUAGUCGGAGUUAUGAAAAGAAUUUGAGUGGUUCGAGGGGUAAGGAUAAAGCUAAAGCUAAAGAGAAAGAGAGAGACCGUGUUGUGUUUCCUAAGUUUAGGUUAGAGGACGAGAGAGAACGUAGUCCGGUUGAUCUUGAUGUUUCUUUUAGGUCUAACGGAUUAGUAGCUAAGACUAUAGUGACAGAAAAUGGGAGCCCGGGUAAGCGUUAUACACCCAGAAGUAGGAAGGGGAGGAGAAAAAAUGCAUUCUAUUCACCUCUAACAAAAGUUGUCGAGCCUUCUGUUUGGUUAGGUGGUUCAUCACAUUUAAGAGACAGUCCAUCUUCAUGUGAGAAGACCCCCAUGAAAGUUGAAAAUAAUACAGAUUCUGGUACUGUCCGCAUGGUUAGAAGUUCAGCUGACACUAGUUCAGGAGAGACACCGGAAAAAGUGGAAUAUGGUUUGGUUUCUGGUGGUGCAAGUGAAACAAAAAGUGCGGGUAGUAGGGAAAUGAAGAGAUGUGUACAGGAUACAGUUUCAGAUAGGAGUCCAAAAAGGAGUGGCUUUUGUGAAUCUCCAUCAUACAGGACUAGGAAAAAGAAGAAAGUUGCUUCUGUUAUUUUACAUGCAUCAGAUUUAGAGUUGAAGAAAGAGAGUGAGGAUGUCACUUUAAAUGAUUCAACGCACAUACCCCAUUCACCCAUCCAGGGUUUAAUGCAUAUGGAUAAAAAAAUCAGUUCUGUUUUUAUUAAAAAUGAUGAUAUUGUCUCAUUACCUUCUCCAGUUGGGCUGGAUGUCAACAAUUUGGAUGCAGUUCCCCAAACUAUUGCCUCAGAUAUGAACAAUGUUACAGAUUAUUCUGGGAGGUCAACUUUACCUAAUUCAACCACAAACAGUUCAUUACAUCUUUUGGAUCCACUUCUCCCUCAGGAAAGUGAACUUGAGAAGGAUACCAGCAUAGCUAAAAUGUAUGUUUCAGUUCUGGACAAUGUUGGUACAGAAUCUGAAAAUGACUUUACUCUUUCUGGCAUUUCUAGGGAGAACGAUGAUACUAAAGAGCCUCCUAAGAGUGGAAACUGUCCAUCGCUGGAGGAUGGGUUAUGUAACAGGUCUUCAGAGGGUAUCAUGGUUUCAUCUAUUGAUUUUGGUUUUAGAAGCACUACAGUUUCCAAUAUUGACUUGAUAGAUGCAGGCGCGAAGCAAUCUGCAGCAAUUGAGAAUAGUAAUCUGCUACAAGCUGACAUUGAGGAAGCAUGCCUGGAUGCUGCUAAUAUUAAUAUUGAGUUGUCCAAGGCAGAUGCAGACAAAGUUAAUGAUGGCACAGUAAAUGAACACAGCUUCAAUUGUAGUCCUAGUUCCCCUUCAAGUUCCAAUUUUGCUAUCACCAUCGGAGGGGAGAACAUUGUUUCAUGUCCUGUCGAUGAUACGGGCAACCAGAUAUCUCACACUGAGACCACUAUACAUGUGAAUACGUUAGUCGGAGAUUGUCUGAAGGCUGAGGUUCCCACAGUAGGAAAUGUGGAAGUUUGUUCUGGAAUGGACUAUACUUCUAACGGGAUGAAGAGAAAAAGGUUCACCAGACAAAAUCAAUCAUAUUUGUCUAGUACAAAGACGUGUGACAAACAGGUGAAGGUAGUUACCCAAUCACUUGAUGAAGACAAUGUAAUAAGUUGCUCUGUAAAGGACGGUUCUGGUGCUGAAAAUUUACAUGCUGCCCAUCAAAAUGUGAAAGACAGGGGCAUCAGUGCCCAAGGGAGUGUACCAAAUGAAAUAUUCCUUGAGGUCGGGAUAGUAAGAACUGGAACUGAUGUUGAUCUAGAAGGAGCUUCUCCUAUCAAGAAAAUAAAAGUUCUACAUAAUGAUGAAAAAAUUGUGUCUGGAGAUGGAGAUGGUGCUGCACUGACACCCAACAAAUCUUUGAAUAACUUGGAAGAAGAAAGGAAAGAAUUGGUACAUGAUAAAUUUAUUAACACCAAUGAUGCAUCGAUUCCAUCUCAAGAUACCAAUACCACAAUUGAAGCUUUGAAGCCCAUUAAGGGGGAUUUGGCACUGACAAGAAAGAAACCGACUUCAGCAGUCCCUAGGGUUUUCACAAGUCCAUUGUCUUUACAUUUAAGCAACUCAAAGAGGGCGACCCCUUCAAACCACAAUGCAAAGUCCCUAUCGUGGCAUCGACCUGCCACAGUGAUUGCAUCUGCGCCAGCGAGCAAGACCUUUUCACCCCCCGUUUCCGCAUCAAAAAAAUCACCAAGAAAAGCUGGGAAAGUUCAGGGAUCUUCUUAUAUUCGUAAAGGUAAUAGUCUUGUAAGAAAACCUAGUACAGUCUCAGCAAUUCCUUACAGUUCCUACGCCUCUACUGUGUAUCGUUUGAAUUCAUCUGGUAAAGAUGACAUACGGAAGAGUUCAGGGUCUGGAAAUAAGAUUGGCACUAAUGGUUCAGCUAGUUGGUUGAGAACAAGGGACGGAGAUGAAAACCAUAAGAGUUCAAGGUCCGAAAGCAUAGGGGUUAUUGCCGGUUCAGCAAGUCAAUUGAUAACUGGAGGCCUUUCUGAGGGGCCUAAAACACUACCACUGCCUCAAAUUAACAAAUCAAAAGAGAGCACUGGAGGCUUGGUUGCUACUUCUGAGGGGCCUAAAACACCACCACUGCCUCAAAUAAACAGAUCAAAAGACAGCAUAGCUAUCCAUGCAGGAGAUUGUACACCUUCGCUGCUGGGAAAUAUCCCAUCGGAUAGUUCUGAAGCCUCUUCGACUCCUCUACAACAAACCUCAAAUGUUGACAUAACAAAUAUCUUGGAGGAUGACCCAAAGCUUUCUGGAACAUCUGAAUAUCGUGCUGGCGUGGAAAGUAAUUUCGGAAACGAAAUGUUACUAGAUAAAGGGAAAGCAGGGGGGAAAAUUACAUAUGUAAAACGAAAAUCGAAUCAGUUGAUUGCUACUAGAAAUGUUAACGAGAUGUCUAAUCAGGCUGCAGAUAAGAUACAAGUCUUACCAUCUGAUAGCUAUUAUAAAAGGAGACGUAACCAACUAAUCAGAGCUUCAACCGACAAUCAAGCUAUGCCAAGAGAAGUUCCCCAUAGCAACGCAAAGGGGAGAACAGGUGGAAGUUUGAGCAAGCAACACUUUAAUAAAGUGUGGAGAUUAGGUAAUACACAUUCAUUAAAAAAAGUUGGUAGUUUGCUGCGCCAGAAGCCAGGCUUGUUCCCAUGGAAGAGAGCAGUGUGUUGGCAAAAUUCAAUGCACAAUCCACCUUAUACAUCCACCAACAAUUCUUUAUCUUUAAUCAGUCGAAAACUCCUGUUCUCAAGAAAGAGAGACACUAUUUACACUAGGUCAAGACGUGGGUUUUCACUUAGGAUGUCAAAGUUAUUGAGUGUUGGUGGGUCCAGCCUGAAGUGGUCGAAGUCGAUUGAGAAAAACUCAAAAAGAGCUAAUGAGGAAGCUACACUGGCAGUUGCAGCAGUGCAGAAGAAGAAGAGAGAUCAGAAGAAUGCUCCUUGUGUUGUUACGGGGACAAAGAGCAGGGGUAAUUUUUCCCGUAAGUUGAUUCAUAGUAUGAAGCUUCACCAGGGAGAGAGAAUAUUUAGGAUUGGCUCUGUUCGUUAUAAAAUGGAUCCUACAAGAAGAACUCUUCAAAGAAUUUCAGACGUGGAGCCAUCAUGCUCGCCCACUUCUAACUCUGAAAAUAAUGUUAAGAAGUCUUAUGUCCCUCGAAGAUUAGUAAUUGGCAAUGAUGAAUAUGUGCGUAUUGGAAAUGGUAACCAACUGAUAAGGGAUCCAAAGAAACGAACUCGAGCCUUGGCAAGUGAGAAAGUUCGUUGGAGUUUGCAUACUGCUAGAUUGAGACUGGCAAGAAAGAGCAAAUAUUGUCAGUUUUUUACUAGGUUUGGGAAAUGUAACAAGGAUGAUGGAAAAUGUCCAUAUAUCCACGACCACUCUAAAAUUGCAGUCUGCACAAAAUAUUUAAGUGGAUCAUGCACCAGUGUCAACUGCAAAUUGACCCAUAAGGUCAUACCUGAAAGGAUGCAGGAUUGUUCUUAUUAUCAGCAGGGUUUAUGUUCCAACCGCUCUUGUCCUUACAGACACGUCAAUGUAAAUGCAAACGCUUCUAUUUGUGAAGGUUUUCUGAAGGGAUAUUGUGAUGAUGGCAAUGAGUGUCGAAAGAAGCACACCUAUGUUUGCCCCAAAUAUGAAGAAACAGGAAUCUGCCCCCAAGGUUCACAAUGCAAGCUUCAUCAUCCUAAAAAACGAAGCAAGGGAAUUAAAAGGAAAUCGUCGAGGGGACAAAAGAAUGCCAAUGGCAGGUAUUUUGGCUCUAGAUCUGUGGAAACAACAGCAGUUUCGGAAAAGCUUCAUUUAAAGAAUAGUGAUGAUAUCUUUAACCUAGAAGGAAAGUUCACUGAUUACAUUAGCUUAGAUAUUAGUGAUGAGGAAGCUGGAGAGACUGUUGACCCUAUGAUGGAGGAAAUAACUGUUUGCGCAUCAGAUGUAGAAGCUACUGAUCUCAAUGAGCAGAUCAAACCCAUCUGUCUUGUACAACCUUCCCACCACAGAACCUUCUCCGAUCAUUGAUAGCUUAGGUGAGAGUUAGAUUAGUCUUUUGUGAGUUGAGAAGUUUAGGUAAAUACAUGUCUGUCUGUUGCAGAUCUUUCUGUUGUGUUUCAGGCGCUUUUCUUUAUGUUGUAGGUCAAUCUAACAGAAAGAAUACAAAGUGUACAAUGAAACGUUUUGUACAAAAUCAAUGUACAUUAGGUUUCACAAGUAUUGUUUACUUGUGAUAUAUAAACCUGUUCUACAAAUCAAAAUUUAGGCACUUUUUAGGACA